AUGUUUAAAAGGCGUAGAGAUGAUGACCUCGAAGUUGACGACCUGGUCUGGCUAAAUCAUCAAGCUAAGAAGGCUGAAUCUUGUAUUCCUAAACUGUCACCUCGCUACAUUGGUCCAUUCCGUAUCAAGACUAUCACUGGUAACAUUGUCACUUUGACUGGUUAUGACGGAGCUGAAGAA